AAAAAAUUAUUUCAAUUUUUCUUUCUCUUCUCCACACCCAACAACUCAAGUCACACUCUUUUCUUUCCCUCUUCCAUUAUUUUUCCAGCAUUGUACUGCAUUCUUUUCUCAAAACCCUAAAUUUUCUAGUCUUAGGUUUAAUUUUCUAAAUGUGUUACAGAUAUGAUUCCAGAUAGUAUUACUUUGGUUCUCAUUCUCCUACAUUUCCCUUAACUAAACUCUGUCAUGAAUUUUCGAAACACUGAUUCAGUUUCAGCUCCCCAAAAAAGAAACUUCCUUUUUUCUCCUCUCCUCUCUCCUUGAGCAUUUAAAUCUCAUUUAUAGCUUUAAUUUUUUGUGGGGUUCUUAGAUUUGUCUAGUUGAACAAAACCCUUAUUUUUGCAACAUUCACUUAACAAAAUUUCUAGCAUUUUUGGAUUGAAUAUUUAGAGAUACUGUGUUUUAGAUGGUCUUUCUGUUUUCUUUGUAUUUUGUUACAAAAUCUAGUCUUUUUCCAUCACUGUCAAAGUUUUUAUUUUUAUUUUGUUUUAUCUGAUUACUUAGUUUAAGAAGUUAAAAGAAUUAAGGUUGAAGAAGAAAAGUUAGUUUAGUUUAUCUAUCACAAUUAAGAAAUCUGUUAGUCUUAGUUAAUUGUUAAUGCAUGGAUGGGAGAGAAGCUAUGGCAUUUUCUGACGGGUCUGGUUCAUAUUACAUUCACAGAGGAGGAGAAGGGGUUGGUGGGUCUGGUAGUGGAGGAGUGUUCCAACAACCACCCUCUGGAUUUAGAGUUUUGUCUAAUGCUCAUGGUGGUUCUGAAGGUUCUACAUUUUCAAUAGAGCCUCAACGUGGUAGUUUUAGUCAUGGUGGUGUUAUUAGCAAUAGCAUAGGUUCUUCUUCUGGUAAUGUAGUAGUAGUGCCUUCUUCAAGGGAGCAGAUUGUGAAAAAGAAAAGAGGGAGGCCGCGUAAGUAUGGUCCUGAUGUACCUGUUUCUUUGAGACUCUCUCCUGCCAAUUCCACCCCUCCUUCAGAUAAACGGCCUAGAGGGCGCCCGCCUGGAAGUGGAAGGAAGCAACAACUAGCUGCUCUAGGUGAAUGGAUGACCAGUUCUGCCGGUAUGGCUUUUUCACCUCAUGUUAUCACCAUUGGAGUUCAGGAGGACAUUGUAGCAAGGUUAUUGUCAUUUUCACAACAUAGACCACGCGCUUUAUGCAUCUUGUCGGGAACUGGGAUUGUAUCUUCAGUCACUCUGCGCCAGCCUGCUUCUACUAGUGUCGGUGUUACAUUUGAGGGGCGAUUCCAAAUAUUAUGCUUAUCUGGUUCUUACUUGGUUGCUGAAGAUGGCGGACCUCGCAAUAGGAUGGGUGGCAUUAGUGUUUCCCUUUCUAGUCCGGAUGGUCAUGUUAUUGGUGGUGGUGUUGCUAGGCUUAUUGCGGCAAGCCCUAUCCAGGUGGUAGUUUGCAGUUUUGUAUAUGGGGGCUCUAAGCCAAAGACAACAACAAAACAAGGGACCACUACGAAAGAUGACGGUGAUUCAGAGCCUCAGAGUAGUGACAAGUUAGCUUCUCCGGACAGUGCACAACCAAACUACACAGUUUCUGCAACAGGCAUGUGGUCCGGAUCAAGGUCGGUAGACGUGCAAAGUGCACACCCACACACUGGUAUUGACUUGAUGCAUGGGUGAAGGUUUAUUCAGAAAGAAGAGAUAUUGUUGUCUUGUAUGUAUGUAUAUUUUUAUCUGUUGUAAAUCAACUGAAUUUGUGAGCAUUGUGACUGUGCUUGUUAUUAAUCCUAUUGGUAGGUCACAAGUUAGCACUAACCAUUGUUGUAACAAAUGAAUCAUUUUAGGGUGAAGUAACAAUAUUGACUUGUGCAAAGAAAAGAAAGUUGAAUGUCAA